CCAGCUAAGUCAACCAGAACCAGGAACAUCAGAUCUGUAUUUUCCUACAGAAUAUUCUCAAUCAAUUAUAGGGCAGUUCAAAGUCUGCCUCUGGAAGCAUUGGCUGACCUAUUGGCGCAGCCCAGAUUACAACCUUGUCAGAUUUUUCUUCACUUUGUUCACAGCCUUGCUGCUUGGCUCCAUCUUUUGGAAGAUUGGCACCAAUAUGGGAGAUGCCAAUACUCUUAGAAUGGUCAUUGGAGCAAUGUACACAGCAGUGAUGUUCGUCGGCAUCAACAACUGUUCAAGCGUUCAGCCAAUUGUUUCAAUCGAGAGAACAGUUUUCUACCGGGAGAGGGCUGCUGGGAUGUACUCUGCAAUGCCAUAUGCAAUUGCUCAGGUUGUCAUGGAGAUACCUUAUGUCUUCGUCCAAGCCUCGUAUUACACCCUCAUCGUAUAUGCCAUGAUGGGCUUCCAGUGGACAGUUACCAAGUUCUUCUGGUUCUUCUUCGUCUCCUACUUUUCCUUCCUCUACUUCACCUACUAUGGGAUGAUGACUGUCUCAAUCUCACCAAACCAUGAGGUUGCAGCCAUCUUCGCUGCAGCUUUCUAUUCCCUAUUCAACCUUUUUUCUGGAUUCUUCAUCCCGAGACCGAAAAUCCCCAAAUGGUGGAUCUGGUACUACUGGAUUUGCCCAUUGGCAUGGACAGUUUAUGGGCUCAUAGCGACACAAUAUGGAGACCUGGAAGAGACCAUCUCCGUCCCAGGCCAAUCAAACCAGACAAUCAGUUACUACAUAACUCAUCAUUUUGGAUACCACAGGAGCUUCAUGGCGGUCGUUGCACCGGUGCUUGUGCUCUUUGCAGUGUUCUUCGCGUUCAUGUAUGCUCUCUGCCUCAAGAAGUUGAGCUUCCAACAACGAUAGUAGGAACUGAAAGCCAACAGACAAGAUCUCGCAGGCAAUCUGGCCAAUUUUUUUCCAGAGCCAACUCUUCUUUUGUCCUUCCAUUUUUGCCAGUGUAAAUAUGGAUGUAUUUUUUGUUUUUGGAUUCCAAAUAGAUACACAAAUAUGGUGAGGAUGCACACAACUUUCCAGGCUUGUAAGAGCAACUCUUACAGGUUCUGUAAAAUCCCAUUCUGUAUAAUGACUUUAGACUGCACUGUGAAAUAUUUUUAGAGAAACUUAA